AUGACAUUGAAGAUGGAAAAGAAGAUGCAAAAAAAGUCCAUCAUGCGUGAUAGUAAUUACGAUUACCAGCAUCACCGCCAAUUACUUCCUCGCAACAAUAACCAUCAGCGUAAGAGAUCAUCUAUAUUGAAAAGAAAAUAUUUUUCUGUAAUUUCUUUCAUAACAAAGUCCAUUAAAAAAUGCCACCGUGGCCUUAUUGAGUUUUUCUCCAAAUUGGAGGGUGGAAAACACCGAGGGAAAGGCUUUGUUAUCCUCCAUCGGGAAGAGGCUGGCAGAUGCCAAACCAAUUUGAGCGCUAGACUCCAACUUGAAUUCAAGGAUGAUGUUGAUCUACCUAAUAUUCUUGCACUGGGAGAAAAAAAUUGGACCCGGUUGCUUCCUCCGUUAGCUUCAGACAAAAUGAGAACCAUCGUUCUCGAUUUGGACGAGACCCUAGUGCAUUCAAGUCCAGACCCACCUCCGGAAACAUAUGAUUUCAUGAUUAAACCAAGCAUUUAUGGUUUAAUGAUGAACUUCUACGUAUUGAAACGACCCGGGGUGGAUGAAUUCUUGGAUGCAAUCAGUAAGAAAUACGAGGUGGUAGUUUUCACCGCUGGGCUUGAGCCAUACGCCUCAUUACUGCUCGAUAUUCUCGACCCCAAAGGCUUGAUAUCUCACCGUUUAUACAGAGAUUCAUGCAAGCAAUUAGGGCGAGGAAGAUUUAUUAAGGACUUGUCGAAAAUCGGGAGAGACCUUAAACAAGUUGUGAUUGUUGACGAUAACCCUAAAUCCUACACUUUGCAACCUGCAAAUGCGAUCCCCAUAAAAAGAUUUGAAGAUGACAUAGAAGACAGGGAAUUGGAGAAGCUGAUGGUGUUCUUCGAAAGGAAUUGCGAUGGUUUUAAGGACAUGAGAGAUGCGGUUAAACAAUAUUUAGAUGGCAAUGAUACAAUGAGGCAACCUCUGAGUUUAUGA